AGUAGUAGCAGCUGCAGCUGAGGCGAGGCGAGGCGGAGUAGGAGGAGAUGCCGCUGGUGAGGCUGCGGGUGCGGAACGAGUACGGCCUGGGGCGGCCUGAGCUCCACGGCGAGGCCGACCGCGAGGAUCCCAAGGCCCUCCUCGACGGGGUCGCCGUCGCCGGCCUCGUCGGGAUCUUGCGCCAGCUUGGCGAUCUCGCCGAAUUCGCGGCGGAGGUCUUCCAUGGGCUGCAGGAGCAAGUGGCGGCAACAGCUUCGCGGAGCCAUAAGCUAUCGGCUCGCGCGAAGCGUAUCGAAGCUGCCCUUCCUCCUCUGGAGAAGGCAAUACUGGCCCAGACAAGCCAUAUACAUUUUGCUUACACUGCAGGUUCUGACUGGCAUACUCGUAUUCGAAAUGGGAAACAUCAUUUUAUCGACAAUGACUUGCCACGUUUUAUCAUGGAUUCCUAUGAAGAGUGUCGGGAUCCCCCACGUUUGCACUUGCUUGACAAAUUUGAUACUGGUGGCCCUGGGUCAUGUUUGAGGAGAUAUUCAGAUCCAACUUUUUUUAGAAGAGUUUCGGCCGGCCCUGAUGAAAAAAAUGUGGGAAAAGUCCGGGGAGACAAGAAGGCUCGCAAGAUGAAGAAGCGAAGAUCGUUCCCGAAGAAUGCGGAACUUUCACGCGGUGCACCCAUGGCCAACCAUAGUGACAGAAUGCGAUAUGCUUCUCCAAUUGCGAACAGAAAGUCAUCUCCCACUGCCUCGAUAGCUGAUUCUACAAUUAAAUCAGAUAUUGGAGACCCUAGAAGUACUUCCGAUUUCAGAUCUGGGUCAGGCUAUAUAGAGUGCAUCUUCCGUGCAAGUGACGACAUGCCACCUGAAGAAGAGGAGUCUAAUAGGUCAUCCUCUUCUAGGGUGAUGUUACGUGAGGAAACUGUUGACUCAGUUUCACCGUAUGAAGAAAACCAGGUAAUUGAUACCUAUUCUCCACAAAAAACAGCUGAGGAGUCUAUUGCCUCCAAAUCAGAUUAUGUGAGGUGGGAUGAGAAGACAGAAAUAAUGGAGCCCAGGGAGCAGAAGUAUGAGGGAAUGGAAGAUUCAGCUACCAUUUCUAUGACUUUGGGCGUUGAUGCUGAGGAAGCUGAUAAACUUAGAAAUGUCGAUGUGUCAGAUAUUGAUUUAUGUCUUAAUACCAACACUUCCAAAGCCCGUGAGAACCAGGUGGAUGAUGUGGAUAGUGAGCUUGAUAAUUUCGAAGAUGCUCUGAAUACAAUUGAAUCAGAAUCCGAAAAUGAUGUUGAUUAUCAAACCAAACGAGAACUGCGGCAACGGUCCUCGAGUGUUGACAUUGAAGAAAUAAAGGUUGCAGUCGACGAGCUUCCAUCACGUGCUUUAGAUGGUCAUCCUUCACAUCAAGAAUCUGACACACCUUCUCAUCUUGUCUCAAAUGAAGAAGUGUCUUUGGAAGUACCUAAAUCAGAUCCCACUGAAAGUUGUGACAAUGAAAAUACUAGUCAAAUUCCUCAGAAGUUUGCGGAUCCAGAUUGUUUACCGCCCAUUAAAGUUUGUCAAAGUGCUGAUCUUCUUGAUGAUACGAAAGUGGAAACUUUUGCUGGUGAUGUCUCAUCUGUGAUCUUUGCUCCACCGCAUAAUGAAGUCACAGACAACAUCUGCGAGGGUCAAGAAUCACCGUCAGAACGUACUGGUGUUAAGUUCUGGACAAAUGGGGGCUUGCUUGGACUUGAGCCAGCAAAGCCACCAGAUUUUGCAACAUCAAAUCGUGAAUGUGGGAUGAGAACUAAGGAUGACCAAUGUGAAGGGAAACUAGAUAUAUCUACUGAAAACGCUGAUAUCAUAGAAAGGGAUGCUAGGUCUAAGUGCUCCACAUCACGCAAGAUCAAUGAAAACAGUCCCUUUGCAGAAAGGACUCAUAUUUUGCCGUCAUCUCGAGAUUUAGAUGCCAAGUUUAGUGAGUCAGAUGAUUUAGAUAAGAGGUGCAAGUAUGGUCACCCAAAUGGAGACUUUUCGACUCCCAUCAGAGUAGUGGCCCCUGGAAGAGCAUUGCCAGUUGCUCCAACAGCGAAAGUUCCACACAGUGAAUCCAUACAGGAGAAUGAUGAUAAUUUAUCCGGAGUUUUUGGACUUGGCCAUAAGUUACUCAUGAAUAGCUUCCGGAGAAAAAUCUCACUAGUUAGUGAUGAAAAACCAAAACCAUAUGACACUACGAAAGAUAAUGUCCUGGAGCAGAGUUGGAGGAAGCACGAGUCUUCAUUUCAUACAACUGCAGGGAGAAAUUUCAUCGAUCAAUUUCAAAGUGUUUCUCCUACGUAUUCACUUCCCCCUUCCCCACCACUUGAGCAUAUGAAAAUAUCUUUCCACCCUCUGCAUGGCUUCGAAGCUUCAAGAUUGACCUUGAAAUUUCCCCAUGACAAGAACCGUCAGGAAAGCAGUAAUGAUAUGUUUCCUUCUUUCCAGUUGGUUCCAGAGCCUAAUGUCCCAUUUCGUGACGUCUGUUCUGACUCUGAUGACGGAACAUUCUGUAGAUCGUCUCUUUAUAUCUCAGAUGACUGUCUCAGUCCUCAUUCCGAGUCUAACUCAGAGCAGUGGGAAUCCAGUGAAACACCCAGGGGGAGCAAGGAGCACGAUCAAUUUGAUGCUCUCUGCAGAGAUUCACCAACAGAUUCUACUUCAACCUCUUCCAAUCAAAAAAUGUGUGUCAAUGGUGAAUAUGAGAGUCUGCCAACUGAAGAUGGUCUAGAACCUCUACCAUCCUUUUCUAGCUAUGUUCAUGGUCCUUCACUUGAUCUUCCUAGCUUUGAUUCCAUGGUAUCUGUACCUAUGCAAGAAGAAAAUGUUGGCCGUGAUCCAGAGAAUUAUACGGAGAAGCAUUAUCCUCAUCAGCCUUUGCCACCAACACCUCCUCCUCCUCCUCCUCCCGUGGAUUGGCAGCUUUCAAAGCCAUACUCAGAUGCUGCAGAAGUUAGAGAAGAAGUAUCUGAAUCUCUUAAUCAUGAUCCUGAGUGUAAUAAUUUGGAUCAGAGUAUCUUUAAGCAACCUAAACAAGGUUCAGCCUUGGAAACUGUAACUAUCAAGGGCCCUGAAUUGUUAAGCGGAAAGCUUCAGGAUCAGCCGAAAUUGAACCCACAUGAAGAGGCUAAUCAGGCAAAGGUCAAGGAGACAGAUGAAAGGGAGGAUUUUCUACUUCAGAUAAGAAAUAAAUCAUUCAAUUUAAGGCGCACUGAGACAGGGAAGCCGACUGCUGCAACAGCUCGAACCGCCAGUGGAAAUGUCACCGCGAUUUUGGAGAAGGCAAAUGCAAUCCGCCAGGCUGUUGCAAGCGAGGACGGUGACGAAAACGAUAGCUGGAGCGACACAUAAACUUUCCCCAGGAUGACAUUUUUCGAGAACGCGAAGGGAACCUUUUUAUUCCCGAUGAGGAGUUGGGCUUGGCUGGUGUCGUUGUACAUGUGAAUAAUAUAAGCUUUUCUCCUGUAAUUAUCGUGUAGGGCGUAGCCUGUUCUUUAGUUUUUUGAAUUGAUUCCUUGAUGGCUAAAUACGCACGGGGUUCACGCGAGAGAUCGAUUGCCGUGUAAUCUAUGAUUCCCGAUCCAGAUCCAUCGGUAAUAUGUAACCAUGUAAUACCCGUUUUGGCACU